GGUUAUAUGUCUAUUUUUUAACACUUGUUGAUCAUUAAAAUCUUUAUCAUGUUUUGAAAUCCUUUUUAAAGAAAACAAUUUAGUUAUUACAUAUCUUCUCGUUUUCCAGUAUCCAGUUCGUUUCCUACUGCAUUAAACUACCAACGGUUCGUACAUUAUUUUUGUAAUUAAUUAGAUCAUUUUAAAAUGACGACAAAAAUCGUAUUAGUUAUUGGAAGUGGAGGACGAGAACAUGCUAUUGUCUGGAAAAUAUCACAAAACGAUAAAUUAGAACGAAUAUUUGUGUGUCCUGGCAGUGCUGGAAUUGAAACUGUACCAAAAGCCAAAAAUGUUGACCUAAAUUUAAAAAACUUCAAGGAAAUAGGUGAGUGGUGUAAAAAGAAUAACGUCGAUCUAGUUGUUGUGGGCCCAGAAGAUCCCCUUUCACAAGGUAUAGCAGACGUUUUGGAUGAAUAUAAAAUUCCCACGUUUGGUCCCAAGAAAAAUGGAGCAAGAAUUGAAGCAGACAAAGAAUGGGCAAAGUUCUUCAUGGACAAGUAUUCUAUACCGACAGCACGUUGGCAAUCGUUUACUAAUGCUGAUAAAGCAAAACAGUUUAUCAAAUCGGCCGAUUUUCUUGCUCUUGUGGUAAAAGCAAGCGGAUUAGCUGCAGGCAAGGGAGUGGUAGUCGCUGAAAAUGUCCAAGAGGCUUGUAAAGCUGUCGAUGAAAUUAUAACAGCAAAGAAAUAUGGUGAGGCAGGCGAAACUGUUGUAAUUGAAGAGCUUCUAGUGGGAGAAGAAGUCUCAGUAUUGGCGUUUACUGAUGGAACAACAGUGAGGCCUUUGUUGCCUGCUCAGGACCACAAGAAGAUCUUUGAGAACGACUUAGGACCAAAUACUGGAGGAAUGGGUGCAUAUUGUCCAUGUCAUCUCAUUGAUUCCGACACUAUGGAUUUCGUUUACAAAAAUAUUCUUCAAAAAACUAUUGAAGGGUUUAAAAAGGAAAAGAUACACUUUGUAGGUGUUUUAUAUGCUGGUCUUAUAUUGACUGAAAAAGGGCCAAAAGUUUUGGAAUUUAACUGCAGAUUUGGAGAUCCUGAAACGGAGGUGAUUCUCCCACUUUUAGAGACCGAUUUGCUCGAAGUUAUGGUAUCCUGUUGCCAAGGUAGGCUACACAAUGUGGAACUGAAAUGGAAAGAAAACUUAACAGCAGUUGGUGUGGUUUUGGCUUCACGUGGUUAUCCAGCGAGUUCCUCAAAAGGAGACGUUAUUACUGGAAUCAGUAAGGUUGAAAGUUUACCAAACUGUCUCGUAUUUCAUUGUGGAACAUUACAAAAAGACAGUAAUACGUUUGUAACCAAUGGAGGAAGAGUCCUUAUAAUAGUGUCUUUGAGCAGAGAUAUCCCUGUGGCAAUUGGUCGAGCCCUGUUGUCUUGCAGUUUAAUAGACUUCGAUGGCAAACAAUACAGGAAAGACAUAGCACAAAAAGGAGUCAGCAGAUCAAUUUUAAAGCAGGGUACUUCAACGUAUCAGGAUAGUGGUGUAAAUAUAGCUGUUGGAAACAAGUUUGUCGAUAAUAUAAAGCCUUUGACCAAAGCCACUUCGAGGGAGGAAGUUAUUGGAGGAUUAGGAUCGUUUGGGGGACUUUUCGACUUGAAAUUGACAAACUAUCAACAUCCCAUUCUAGUCUCUGGUACAGACGGAGUUGGAACAAAACUUAAAAUUGCAGAAGAAAUAAACGUGCAUAGCUCGAUUGGAAUUGAUCUUGUGGCAAUGUGUGUUAACGACAUAUUGGCCCACGGGGCAGAGCCUUUGUUUUUCCUAGAUUACUUCGCUUGUGGACAUUUAGAUCUAAAAAUUGCUCAAGAGGUCAUAUCUGGGAUUGCAGAAGGAUGUAGACAAGCUGGAUGUGCACUAAUUGGGGGUGAAACGGCUGAGAUGUCGGGUAUGUAUUCAGGCGAUGAAUAUGAUUUGGCAGGAUUCACUGUUGGGGCUGUCGAACAGGACAAGUUGUUACCUAAACUCCAAUUAAUUAAGGACGGGGAUGCAGUUAUUGGUUUGGCUUCAUCUGGAGUUCAUAGUAACGGUUUCAGUUUAGUUAGGAAGACUUUACUAUCUUCAGGAGGAAAGUUUGAGGACGUGGCACCGUUUAGUUCGGAAAAUAAAAGCUUUGGGGAGGAAUUUCUUAAACCGACGAAAAUUUAUGUAAAGUCUGUCUUGCCUUUAAUGAAGAAAGGAAAAGUGAAAGCUUUCGCUCAUAUAACAGGUGGUGGGUUGGUUGAAAACGUCCCCAGGAUUCUAUCAAACAAUUACAAAGUAGAAAUUGACGCAACCAAUUGGGAAAUUCCCCCUGUAUUUGGUUGGUUAGCUGCAGUGGGCAAUAUUAACGAAAAGGAGAUGCUGAAAACCUUUAAUUGUGGAAUUGGAGGGGUUUUAAUAGUUGACAACAAAGAUGUCGAUGAAAUUCUUAAAAGUUUCCCUAAAUCUGAGUCCUUCGUUAUAGGAUCAGUUGUGCAAACAAAUGGAUCUGAAAAAGUCCAUAUUAAAAACUUUACAAAAUCCAUGGAGCAAGUAAUGCGCCCUUUCAUCCCUAGUCUAAUUUUGAAGCACUUGCAACCAAAAAAGAGGGUUGGAGUUCUUAUUUCCGGGAGCGGUACUAAUCUACAAUCAUUAAUAAAUGCUACCAAGGAUCCAACUCAGAAUAUAAAUGCAGAAAUUGUUGUCGUCAUUUCAAACAAACCCAACGUGGAUGGACUUAACCGAGCUAGAAGAGCUGACAUUCCAACAGUUAUAAUUCAAAAUAAAGAGUAUAAGACUCGUGAAGAAUUUGAUUUGGCAGUACAUGAAGAACUAGUUAAGAGGAACGUAGAUGUAAUUUGUCUCGCUGGUUUCAUGAGGAUCCUUACUGGAGAAUUUGUGAGAAAGUGGCGAGGACGACUGCUGAACAUACAUCCGGCCCUUCUACCACUUUUUAAAGGGACUCAUGCCCAAAGACAAGCCUUGGAAGCUGGAGUACGAGUGUCAGGCUGUACUGUCCACUUUGUAGAGGAAAACGUAGAUGCCGGGGCAAUUAUAGCUCAACAGUGUGUACCAGUGUAUCCUAACGAUACUGAGGAAUCGUUAACUGAAAGAAUAAAAGAAGCUGAACAUAAAUUAUAUCCGUCCGCUUUAAAUUUGUUAGUUUCAGAGACAAUUAAGUUAGGUACUGAUAAAAAGUUAUACUGGAAAUAGAAUAUUAGAAUUAAUUGCUCAUUAUUAUUUUUUUGUAAUGUAAUUGUUUGAUAAUACAGUACAGUAAUUUAUAGCUAGACAUUUGAUAUAUCUAUGUAUAAAUUGAACAGUUCAACAACCGUCUAUUAAACGAUAUUUUUUACUUUUAAA